AUGGACGCUUUCGCUAUUCAAAGACAGCUCACAGGGAUUGAACCAUUGAAUGGUUCGAACUAUACUACUUGGAGGACAAGUGUUGAUAUUAUGUUGGGUUUCUUGGACUAUGAGUUUGUACUUUAUGAGGAGAAACCCGCUGCAAUCACUGAAGAGUCUUCUGAAGCAGUAAAGUUGUUGUAUGCUAAGUGGACUAAAGCUAAUACCAUAGCCAUUAGGUUGAUCCGUGCUUCUAUUGGUGAGACUAUUCGUGGUGAUAUUCCUGUAUUUAAUACUGCCAAGGCGCUUCAGUAUUAUUAUUUGACACAAUUUAUGUCAACCAGUUAUGAUGGCAGUGGUUCAGUGAGGGAGCAUAUCUAUAAGAUAUGCAAGCUGGUUAAUGGUCUCAGGGAGUAG